GACACAAGAAAGACAUACAAAAAAAAAAAAAAAAAAAAAGAAAGAAAGAAAGAAAGAAAGGGGGAAAUGGCCUGUCACAUCCUUACCCAGUCCAUUUCCAUGUGCCCACUACUACCUUCUUCUCCUUAGACCCUCUCCCUUCUUUCUUCCCCAAAAAUCAGAAACCUAGGGUUUCUUCUUCUUUUUUAUUUUUUUUUUAAAUAAUAAAUUAUUUGUUUUUUUUUUCUUUGGUUUUGCUUGAUUUCAGUUUCAAUUUCAAUCUAAUCAGUAACUUACAGAGCUACAGUAAAAAAAUCAAUUGCAAAUUUUCGAAAAUUCAAAUUCUGUUAUUUCCAUCAACACAUGGAAGAACAACGAAUACAGCAACAGCAGCAGCGACAAGAACAAGAAGGAGGGUAUAGACCUAGAAUUCAAGAAAAUGAACAGCAAAGGUUAUUUGGUAAUUCUAUACAAGACCCUGAGCUGAUGACCAUCGAUCAAUGUGAAACUAUGCGUGAAUUAGACGAUUCGCAGCUCGUCGGACCUCCUCCACCUCCGUCUCUGCCUCCUCCUGCUGCUGCUGCGACGGCUAUUGUUAAUAUGGUUGAUGUUGAAGUUAGAAGUGCAGUUAAAGCUGUGGAUGUGAGUACGGUCAAGCGAAAACGUGGCCGUCCUCCUAGAAUUCAGGGGAAAACAACGGGCCCACCUUCGUCGCAGCCUAAGAGGAAAACAACGACGACUGAUGAUGAAGAAGAUGUUUGUUUCAUUUGUUUUGAUGGUGGAAGUCUUGUUCUUUGUGAUCGCCGGGGUUGCCCUAAGGCUUAUCAUCCGGCUUGUAUCAAGCGAGAUGAAUCAUUCUUUCGAUCGAAAGCUAAAUGGAAUUGCGGGUGGCAUAUAUGUAGCAAUUGUCAGAAGGCUUCACAUUAUAUGUGCUAUACUUGUACAUACUCCUUAUGCAAAGGGUGCACUAAAGAUGCUGAUUAUGUUUGUGUGAGAGGGAAUAAAGGGCUUUGCGGAACAUGCAUGAGAACUAUUAUGCUGAUUGAAAAUGUUACAGUGGGAAAUACAGAAGCAGUUCAAGUGGAUUUUGAUGACAAAACUAGCUGGGAGUAUCUCUUUAAAAUCUACUGGAUUUUCUUAAAGGGUAAACUAUCUUUAACAGUAGAUGAGCUAACUAAAGCUAAAAAUCCAUGGAAAGGCGAUGAGCUACCUAAAGCUAAAAACUCCUGGAGAGGGUUUGGCAGCAUUUUUGCUCCCAAGGAGGUACAUACAGGUGAACUUAUUCAUGGUAAUGAUGAAAAAAGUCCUUUUUUAGACAACUGCUAUGGAAAUGUGGAGGCAAAUCAUUCUAAGAGAAGAAAAACUAAGGAUCAACCAGAGGAUCUCAGUGAACAGAAUUCUGUAGUUAUGGAAAAAUCAGUUGUUGACAAAGUCACACCUUUGCCUGAAGGGACAAUGUGGGCAACAAAGGAGCUCUUAGAGUUUGUUUCUCACAUGAGAAAUGGGGAUACAUCUAUGUUAUCUCAGUUUGAUGUCCAGGCUCUUUUACUAGAUUAUAUAAAAAGAAAUAAUCUUCGUGAUCCUCGCCAGAAAAGUCAAAUUAUUUGUGAUUCAAGACUCAAAAAUCUGUUUGGAAAGCCACGCGCGGGCCAUUUUGAAAUGCUAAAGCUUCUUGAAUACCACUUUCUUAUUAAAGAAAAGUCUCCAGCAAAUGACAGUGUUAGAGUGGGAGUUGCUGAUGCUGUUGGUAGCCUAUUAGAGGCUGCUGGAAGCAGUGAUAGUCAAAUGAUUAUGGGUAAUGAUAGAAGGCGUAGAACACGUAAGAAGAUGGAUGAGAGAGGACCACAUGUUAAUCUUAAUCCAGAUGAUUAUGCAGCAAUAGAUGUUCACAACAUUAACUUGUUAUACCUAAAGCGUAAUUUGAUGGAGAACCUAAUGGAUGACACUGAGAAGUUUCAUGAAAAGGUCGUUGGAUCAUUUGUGCGAAUUAGGAUUUCAGGUGGUGAUCAAAAGCAAGACAUGUAUAGGCUUGUCCAAGUUGUAGGUACUAGCAAGGUGGCUGAAUCAUAUAAAGUUGGCUCUAGAACAACUGAUUUCAUGCUUGAAAUAUUAAAUUUGGACAAGAAGGAGGUUGUAUCUAUUGAUGGAAUUUCAAAUCAGGAAUUUUCAGAGGAUGAAUGCAGACGUUUACGCCAGAGUAUAAAAUGUGGUCUUAUCAAACGGUUAAAAGUGGGUGAGAUUCAGGAGAAAGCAUUGGCGCUUCAACCUGUCAAAGUUAGCGAUUGGCUGGAAGCAGAGGUGUCACGGCUUAAUCAUCUUCGUGACCGAGCUAGUGAAAAAGGACACAGGAAGGAGCUCAGAGAAUGUGUGGAGAAAUUAGAUCUUCUGCAGUCUCCAAAGGAACGUCAGCGCAGACUGCUUGAUAUUCCCACUGUACACGUGGACCCAAAUAUGAAUCCAAGUUAUGAAUCUGAAGAAGAUGCUGGACAAUCAUCUGAGAUGAAACAAGGUGACCAUAUGAGACUGAGAAAUACUGGCUUUGGCAGAAAGGGUAUAGAGCUCAAUUCUCCACUUAGAGAAGGUGAUCUGAAUGAUGUAGGAAACAGGGAACAUAAGAAUUUAGCUAGUGUGUGUGAGCAAACCAGAAACGUAGGCACUACUUUUUAUGUGGACAGGGAUGGUACUGCUCGAGUUCAUGAGAAAGUGAAUGAAUCUAAAUGGCGUCAGGGAGGGGGAGCGUUUGGGGCAACUAAUCACAAUAUAUCAAAGAAUCAAUUGGAUAUUGGCUUAGGAACUUAUGAUCGGAAUAGUCAAGCAGUACGAACUGAAUCACAUCCUGGGGUUGCAUCAGCCAUUAUACCUUCAUCUCUUUCCUCAGGGAGAGAGCUAUCUCUUAAUGAUUUUGAGACAGAAAAAUUGUGGCAUUAUCAGGAUCCAUUUGGAAAAGUUCAAGGGCCAUUUGCGAUGAUGCAGCUGCGUAAAUGGAGUACAAGUGGGCUUUUUCCUCCUGAUCUCAGAGUGUGGAGGAUAGACAAGAAGCAAGAUGACUCUAUUCUUUUGACUGAUGCAUUGGUUGGCGAGUGUACUAAAGUGCCACUUAAUCUUUGCAAUAGUCAUUUACUACCUCAGGAAGCAGCAGUUGCUUCUAAUGAUUCAGAACCUGGGUUCAAUCAGACUACUGAUGCAUCUCUUGCAGACAGUAAAAGAUUUGAUCAUGAACUGAAGGCAAUGCAUAAGGAUGAGACUGUCAAUGCUGAUGGUGAUGAUAAGCCUGUAAGGAGUAACAGUUUGGGCGCCCAUUGUUCCACAUGGACUAAGCCUGUGGAUGUAGCGAUUCCCAAAGAUGGCCAGGUUCAAAGUUCCUCACAACAAUGGGAAUUGUCCAAAGGUGGCGAGCUUUAUGAAACACCAUUGCCUCAAGCAACUGAAGGGCACAGGGAUGAAAAAUGGAGUCCCCAUCCUUGUAAUGCAGAUGGGAUUUCACACAAGGCCACUGAUGGUCAAACUAAAAUUGGAGAAAGUGAUGAGAAACAAGGUGAUAGUGAAGGUCAUUCAAGCCAAUCAUCUGGACAGAACUGGAGACCUCAACCCGUAGACAGUUCCUCAAGUAGAUGGGAUUCCAACACUGGUUGUGUGUCUAUGGCGAAGUCUAGUGAGAAAUCUGAGCAGAAUCAGGAAAUUGUGGUUUCUGAUCUGCCAAGUCCCACACCAAAGCAAAGCCAUGAAGAACUGAAAGGUCAAGCUGAAAACAAACUAUCAGUGUCUUCUAGUGCUCCUGUUCAGGAUUCAGGCCCUAGUUGGAGUACUGCUUCUAGUUUAGUGGUUGGCAGACAGCUUCCUGAAGUAGCUGGUGAAUGGGGUGGCUAUUCCCCUGCUUCCGCGAAACCUUCUGUUGAGGAAUGGGACUCGAAUCUUGUGUCUGUGUCUUCACUAAAACCAACCGAGGGGGCCAACGAUCAUGCUGCUACACCAACUUCAGGUACCGACAAACUGACAAAUUCUUCCCCGCCCCAGCCAGAACUUGAUACAUCUACUUGGCAGCCACUUGUCCCUGAACCCAAUGAGUUCUGCUCUUUAGUCGAUGAAUCUGUUUCAGAUCUGUUGGCUGAAGUUGAAGCAAUGGAGUCUCUUGGUGGUCUGCCUUCCCCUACAUCUAAAAUGAGUUGUGGUGGGGAGUUGACACCAGGUUCUGAUAAUGAAUGCUUUAGUCCUAUUGAGCCAUUUAGCCCAGCACUUGAUCCAGGGAAAAGUGAUGCAUUGAGCUCCACUGGUGACAUACAAAUGCCUUCUCAGUUGACUGCAGCCAGUGUAUUACUUCGGCUUUCUCUCACGCCUUCUCAGCCAACUGUAGCAGAUGAACCGCUUGCAGUGUCUCAAAUGCCUUCUCAGUUGACUGGGACUACUAAACCUCAUCGGUUAUCUCAGAUCCAGCCUCAGUCCAUUGUACCAGAUGAACCGCUCCGGGUAUCUCAGUUGCCUUCUCGGUCGAAUUUAUCGGAGGAGCCACUUGGAUUAUGGCAUACUGAUGCUCUUAAUUCUCAAAAGAGCUUUAGUGGUCAUUCAUCAUCAAGUGCUGAAGUGGAGGGUGAUGCAAAGCCCAGUGACAGUUCAGUUAACCAAUGGGAUAUACAGUCAGAAAUACAACCUCUGGCAUCGUCAAUUGUGAACCAAGGUGAAGCAGGUUCAGACAUCCAAGCUUCCACUCCAUCAACAGUUAGCCAAUUGGAAAGCGGUUCUGUUACCCAACAUCGUGCAUCAUCAACAGCAGAUACUAGAUGGGGAACUGUAAAGGAGAGCACAAACUUGAACCAGGAAGGAGUAUCUCAAGGAAGUACGAACAUGGUUUGGGGAACUGGUCAUGGGUCAAUUCAGCAACAAGCUAGUACAACUUCAGCCAUUUCUACAGGAAAUAUUGGUGGUUGGGGAAGCCAACCAAGGUAUGGUGGGGACAAUAGAUUUUCUGGUCAACGAGACCAUCAUCGUAACUAUUUUCAAAACAGAGAUUCAGGUUAUGGUAGGGAUAGAUCUUCAUGGAACAGGCAGCCAACACAUGGAAAUGGAGGUGGUUCUUUCAAGCCUCCUGGUAAAGGGCAGCGGGUAUGUAAAUUUUACGAAAGUGGGUACUGCAAGAAGGGGGCAUCAUGUACUUAUUUGCACCCAUGAUAUGUUAUUUAGAUCAUUAGAUUCCAGUUUCCACGCAAUUGUGCAUUGAAUUCUGUAAUCAAUCAAUUGUAUUAUUAGGAAGUUUGCCCUUUGUCAAUGUUCAAAUUUAACAUGAAAGAGUAUUGAAGUGGCGUA